GUAAACGUAAACAUACCGUAGCGGUUACUUUUGAAGUUUUGAAUGAAAAAAGUGUUUCUGAAAAUGAAAAAUAAUCCAUUUGAAAUUUAAUUCGAGUUGAAAAAUGGACGAAAAUCGAUAUUAUUACAAACAGAACACUUAUACAAGUAACGCCAGCGACGAUUCGUCUUGUACUUUUCCACUUCCUUGGCUAACGGAUACUCGAAGGCGGAAAAGCCGAUUGGGUAAACAUGGAAGACACACUCGAGUACUGCAAGAGGUCAAUAGUGAAAACAACAAUAACGUUGAACCGAUCGCCGACGAGAAUAACGAACCGUACAGUACAUCGGAGAAAAAUGGUACAUCGUUUGAUCAUACAAAGUCAACAGAUGCGGAUACAGAUACGCAAGAUGCCGGUUAUGUGGGAUCAACCGAUGUGCUAAAUUCGAGCUUCAUCAAAAUGAACAAAACCGGUACCAAUGAGUUUAGUUUUUCUAACUUCGAUACGACCGAUUUAAUGGAUAUCAGUGUUUCUAAAGCGGACACCAAUUGCGAUAUGGAUAUCAUCGAACCGUGUCAUUUUUCAUCAGCUGAAGAAAUGCACGUACAACGUAACGUUUACUCACGUUCGCCCGAAACUAUCCUGAGAACUAAUCAUCAUUCGCCGUUUGAAAACGAAUUACUAAAUUUGCACGGUAAAUCGUACUCUCCCGAGUUCAUUUUGAAAACUACUAAUCAACUGUCGACUGCGUCCAAAGCGGAUGAAGUUUGUAAUCCGCUUCGAACAACGUUACCGAUCGAUAUGGUACUGAAAACUAACGAAUAUUCGCCAUUACUGAAUGACGUCGCGGUUGAAUCGAGUCGAACGUCGUUUGCUAUGGAUUUAGUUAUGAAAUCGAACACCUUUCCGUCGUCCAAGGAGAAUACUUGUGGUAGUAAUCAUCGAACACCUUUGCCAGCUGAUUUAGUUUUAAAAACCAACGAUUACGAAUCGCCCAAAGAAAAUGUACUUCGGUCUCCUUUUGACGAAGCAGAUUCUGGUCUGACUGGAGAUUAUUCAUCGAGUCGAGACAGUUCAUCGACUGGUCAUCGUCGAUCAACUGAUUUCGCAUCGAAAAGCAACGAAUACUCGUCACCGAGAGAAAAUAUCACAACUGAUCCUCACCUGUAUUUGUUUCCGAUCGACUUCGUGUCGAAAAAGAACAACUACACUUCGCCUCAAGAACACAUGUCGCUUGAUUCACAUCUACCAUCAUCUGUAGCCGACUUCGCACCGAAAAAUGACAAUUUUUCGCCACCUCAAGAACAAAUGUCGCUCGAUUCGCAUAUACCAUCGCCAAUGGCUGACUUCGCACUUCAACAUAACAACUACUCGUCGCCCCAAGAACACAUGUCCGUUGAUUCCCCUCUACCGACGGAUCCCAUCGAUUUAGCUCCCAAAAACAACGAUUACUCGUCACCUCGACAAAACAUUAUGGUCGAUUCUCACCUUCCAACGUUUCCGAUCGACUUCGCUUCGAAAAAACAAGAUCGCUCGUCGCCCAAAGAUAACAUUCCAUCGGAUCCGCAUCGACCAUCGUUUUCGAUACCCGAUUCGGUUCUAAAAACCAACAACCAUCAAUUCGAGACACCUCAACGAACACCUUUUUCGUCGGAACCGCUUCAAAAAGCCAAUCAGUCGUCACCUAAGCGAACUGAAAUACCCAAUUCGAUGCACCCUAAAGUGAAUCAAGCUCCCAUAGUGAAGCCAGUCGAAAACUGCGCUAACGAAUUCAAACAACCCGAGGCUGUUCGGCCACCACCGAAAAAAGACGAUUUCCAGUUCGAAGCACCGCUUCCUCCACCUAAUCUUAAAAUCAACGAUAAAUUACCGACGUCUAUUACGGUUAAUGGACGAUCUUACAGUGUGACAAACGUUUUAGGAUCCGGAGGAUCCAGUUUGGUAUAUCAGGUGCUACAUCCGGAAACCUAUUCAAUUUUAGCGAUCAAACAAGUGAAAUUGUACGAGGUCGAUGAGACAAUCGCAGAAGGAUAUAUCGAAGAAGUUAAAAUGCUGAAAAAAUUACAAAAAUGUGAUUCUAUCAUCAAGAUGUACGAUCACGAAAUCAUCAGAGAAAAUGAUAAGGAUAAACUUUUGAACGUAGUUAUGGAAAAAGGUGACACCGAUCUUGCAGAAUUGUUGAAAACCGUCAACAAAAGCAAAAAACCUUCGAUUUAUAUGAUUUUAUACUAUUGGACUGAAAUGCUUUCAGCUGUACAUGAGAUUCAUAAACAAGGUAUCGUCCAUUCGGAUUUGAAACCAGCAAAUUUUCUAAUAGUCAGAGGAAGUCUGAAAUUAAUCGAUUUCGGUAUAGCAUCGAAUAUCCAAGGCGAUGCUACCAGCGUAUAUAAAGACGUAUUCACCGGAACGUUGAAUUACAUGAGUCCAGAAGCUAUGGAAUUUGUCAGCCGGCCUUCUGGAUCCAUCGGAUAUAGGAUAAAUUAUAAAUCGGAUGUUUGGUCGUUGGGAUGUAUCCUGUAUCACUUAAUCUAUGGCAGAUUACCUUUUCAAAAUAUAAAGAAUAGAUUUGAAAAAAUGAGAGCCAUCGUCGACGCAAAAGUCGGAGUAAAGUUCCCCGAAACCGAAGAUAUUCCGAAAGUACUGAUGUCUGCUUUGAAAUCGUGUUUAGAAAAAAAUCCCGAAAAAAGAGCUUCUGUCGGCGAAUUACUGCAGUUACCGUAUGUAUCGCAAUAAUUGACCGAUAAUUUGUGUCUCUUCGUGUAUACUCUUUUUUUAAUUAAUAUUUUUCGUAUUCGUUAUUUUUAUUUUAUGUAUCUGUGCUGGUUUGUGAGUUUUUUAGCUGCAUUUUGUCCAUACCUAUGUCUUAUCCUUUUCCCACUUCAGUCGUGUGUCACUUUUAUAGUUCUAAAAAAAAAACUAAUAAACCUGUGUACAUUUAAAAAAAAAAAAUUUGCUCUAUUGUUUUAUUAUUUUUUUACGAACCAUUGAGCAUAUUUUAUUUU